CGCAACGCCAACAGCCUUGUCGCCGAAAGAAAGCAACUCUGGCAAUUAUUGUCUGCAAAGCCUGGCAUCGGCAAUUGCAACUGCCAGCUUUUUGCUUCGGGAUCGAAUAGGGAUUGGGCGACACUGGAGGGAAAUUCAACUGGAGGAAUCCAAUUAGAGAAAUCGGAAACGACUAAAUCUAAAGUAAGGUGGCAAGAGGACAGGAAUCAUCGGUAACAAGAUGAUGAACGACCGCCCUCCCCCGCCGGACGAACCGGACCCGAUCGUCCCCCGCGACCUCAAAGCAAAACGUACCGUGCCGUCACCCCGCAAAGCGGCCACCAUCCGGAGCGCAAAGGGAUCCAUCUUUGGCAAAGCAUCGAUACCCAGCGUCUACUGGGCCGGCGACGACCCGACGCCCAUGAACAAUGAAGAAUUCACGUUCUACCGCGAGGACACGCCGCCGCUGCCGGAUGGCACCGGCGGUGACAAGGCUGCUCGGACGCGGGGGUAUCGGCAGAGCGUGUUCGAUCACGACGAGGAGGAUAGCGACCGCAAGAGGAAGCGCAAGUGCUGCGGUAUGACGAUGUGGGUGUUUUGGUUGCUCGUUGCUCUGAUUGUUGCGGUUGUUCUCGGAGUUGGUAUUGGUGUCGGUGUCGGCAUUGGCGCGAAUCAGAAGUCGGACCAGAGCGCUGCGACGACGAGCUCAACUUCAACGCCCACGCCAACUACUGGUGCAAGCUCGACAUCAACAACAAUGAUCGUGCCCACAAUGUCCAGCUCUUCCAUGUCACGGAGCGGCAGCGACGCAACUGCAACCGAGAUAGCAUCAACAUCGAUUCCAACCUCGGUGACAAGCACCUCCACAUCAACGCCUUCUCCAACAGCAACUUCGAGCGGCAAUGCAAUCUGCCCAGACGCGGACAACACGGUCUACAACGUCAUCGGCUCCGACAAGCGCUUCCUCCGGGUCUGCGGGGUCGACUACAGCGGCGACGACGGCGCCAUCGACAUGUCCAACACGCAGGCGAGCACCAUGGGCGACUGCAUGGAGAUUUGCGCAAAGUCGGCCCAGUGUACCGGCGUAUCGUGGGGCAACGUCAUGAUCAACGGUGCCGCGGAGUUGCGGUGCUGGCUGAAGCGGGACUUGAAAAAGUCGCAUGCGGCGGUAGAGAAUUGGAACUUUGCCGUCCUAUUAUGA